UGUGUGUGUGUGUGUGUGUGUUAAAAACACACUGAAAUUAGUAAAUUGAAAAGUUAAAUUUAUUGCAUUUGUUUAAUAUAUUUCUUUCCUGCCCUUUACCAUAAGGUCCCAAAGCGGGUUGCACACAAUAAAGUAUGCAAUCAUAAAACAAAACAGUGUAAACCAUAAAGCAAGAAAACUGUAAAAUAUUUUUUAAAGCAGUUCAUUAUAUAAAACAAUUAAAAAUUCCACAUUUAGAUACAACACAAACAUUAAAAAACAAUUCCAAAUAUAAGAACAGUUGUUUUUUUUAAAAAAAUGUUCCAGUUCAGAUUCAGACUAUUGUCUUGAGAUAAUUUCCUGUACCAUCCAAAUUUUUCUAUCUGGUCAAAGGAGACCAUGUCCUCCCCCCACUCAUCUUGUCACCCCAAAGAGGACCCAGAGCUACAGAACAAAAGUACCCAGCAAUAUGUGAAUUUUCCAAAUUAUAGCAUUAAGGAGAAUCAAAUUCCUGUCCUAAGAAGGGGUCCAGUGACAACGAUGACAAAAGGAUCCCCUGUAAAUGUCAAAUGAAGGAAUAUGGUUAGGUUAUUUGAACGUCAAAAGCAAGGAAAUACAAGGUAGAACAUUAGGAUGAAUAUCAUGGAACACCAAAACCAAAGGAAGCACAAAACUGAGUGUUUCCUGCCUUCUGUGGUCCGUUUGGUACCUUUCAUUUUUCACUGGAACAUGAGACAGUAAAAAGAUAAGGAUCUCUUUCAGCAGGACAUAUGAAUCACUUCCCAUGACGUAUCUUGACAUGGUUUUACAAGGCAAUUCCAAGUAUAAAAAGAAUUUAUAAUAAAUUCAGAUACCAACUGGUGGUUGUUGUUUUUUAAAAAACCAACUACAUCUUCAUUGGAUGUGUUUAGGGUUUUACCUAACCCACACAUGCCAGUUUAAUAUUGGAGAGAACAAGUGGGACUUUUAACAAAGCAUUGCCUGACAAGCCAGCUGUGCCCUUUUAUGGCAUACUCCAUUUCAUCCACUUCUGUUUUUCUCUCAACACACAUUUCACAUUCUGUGGCCACAAAUCAUUUUCAGUGUUCACUGGAGUGUUUGCUUGUUUUUAAAUUGUACUUGUACAAACCUUGGAACUUCUAUUGUCGAUCUUUUCCUCAUGCGCAGAUUGGCACUGGGAGAAUGAGUUUUGUGGUUAUUUAACCAUUAUCAUUCAACAAAACGAAAACACUUCAGUGAAUACCACCGACAAAGCCUGUUAGAGCUGUGCUUGUUUCACCUAAACCCGUUCUGCCUCUCCUGGAUGCAGGAUGUGGUUUUUAUUCUGCUGUUAGAUAUCUCAAAACACUGUAUACCAAGGUAGUAACGGAGCUAAUCUUUAGUGAAAUGUUGCUGCAAAAACAGAAUAUUUUGAGAACUUUGGAGUUCUGUACACAUGACAGUGUUGUAGUUGUGACCUAUCUUCUGCAUAGAGGGCUACAAAAUCCAGUGUUUCCUGUUUGAUUCACUUACUCUCAAAGCUACUACUCAUCAGAGGCGGAUUUGGGGCAGUGCGCGCAGCCAAAGCUUCGGAAAGGAGGCGGGAAGGUGCUCUGUCAGGGUCCUAGAGUCCUCCUGUCUCCUUCCCAAAGCUGGGCAAGCUCUUCCGGCUUUUGCAAGGAGGCUGGAGAGGGCUCUUAAGACCAUGCCAGAGUCUCACACCUCCUUCAAGGAAGGGCAUAAAAUGGCCUUAAAAUGGGAAGCAUAUUACAGCAACCCUGUGAGGUAACUCACUAUUAUUCUAAUUAUAGGUGGGUAGUUGAAAGAGUGUGACUUGCCAAUGCUCCAUUCAGUUAUUACUUGGCCCAAAGGAAAAACUAUGGGACAGGCCUUGAUCUUAGGAAAUCCCUUGACUGCUUCUUCUUGCCCACCACCAAAACGGAAGAUUCUGCUUUCAAAUAAAUGUGGCAUUUGUUGGUAUGUGGGGUCCCUCAUCGAUCUAUAUAUCGAAAGGCAUAUACCACUGGAUUGUAACAAAACCUCUAAGGUGUUUACAAGAGCUGUUAAAAUUAAAUAGAAAUAUGUAGCAGCAGUGGGAAACCUACAGCCCAUAGGGAUAAUUAAGCUUGCCAGGUCUCCCCAUUCGGCCCACAACGCCAUUUCAGCCAAGACACAAUGGUGCUCACAGGCUUUGCAUUGGUGACCCCUGGUUUAAAUGGAAGACAAUAUGACACCCACAAACUAGAGGCAUGUGAAUCUGUUGAUUGCGGCUUCUCUCAGUUUCUCAUUCUUCUAAUCUUAAACUCAGCUCUCCAGAUUUCCAUAUCAGUCUCCAGAUUAUUAUUAUUUUAAGUUCUCGUUUUAGUACAAAUUUAUCUUAAUGUACACAUUUUUGCGUAGAUUUCCCUUAACACGUUUUUUCAGAAAGCAGUUGUGCUGGUCCCGAGGGUAAGGUACCGUGGGUGUAGCAGAGUCCACACGAAGAGGGGCGAGGUCCGAUGCAGAGAGCCGGGCGGGGAACAGGAACGCUGGAACAGAAGGCUGAGCAGGGCAUUUCAGUAAGAUGCGGUGGAACAAAAAGAAGCAGUGUGAGCUAGCACAGAGCAAAGGAUUAAACAUCAAGAUCCAUGAAGAGUCUGCAUUCUGAAGAUGUCAUCAUGCUUAGAUGGAUGUGGUACUGUAGGUUGAGAAGGCAUAAUCUUCAAAUUUAGAAUCUACUCUUGGGAGACGGAGAACAUGAAAAGGGCAAGAACUACACUUGGCUAUUAUGAAUGUGUCCACGACUGAAACUCAAGCAAACAAAUCAGAUUUAAUACAAACACUAGUAGUUGUAAAGGGAAGCCUUUAUUUGGCUAACUUCAUAUUCAUAACUGCAUUGAAUAUAUUAAUAAUCAAGACUGUGAGACAGAACUCUAAAAUGGUGAAGGAAGUGAGAUACUUCCUCCUAUGCCAUCAUCUUCUCUGUUGCUCUUUAUUCUGUUGCUCUGGCAUGGUGUCCAACGCGAUACAAACAUUUAAAGUGCAACAAUUCUGGAUCUGGAUCACCUUUGGAGUACAAACAGCAGUUGCAGAAGCAGUGCUGGUAACGCUGGCUUUGAUGGCAAUUAACACUUGCUUAGCAGUUUGCUGGCCUUUGAGAUACCUGGCCUUUGUACACUUGGUGAAACGCAAAGCUAUAGCUUGUGUUUGGGUCGGGACAAUCCUCAAAUCUGCAUGCUUGAUCAUUGUGGAACGUACAGAAGGAGAUUCGAGGGACAUAUAUGAAGCAGAGCUCUCUUGCCCAACUAUCCUGGGUAGUGAUUUUGCCAAAAUAACCGGAAGUAUUCUCAUUUUGCUUCUUGCAGCCGUCAUGGUAACUGCUUAUUUUCUCCUGUGGAGAGAAGGAAAGCUCAGCGGUCAUUUUAACUGUUCAAAUAAGAAGGCCAGAAAAACAGUCAUUAUUCAUGGUGUACAAAUGAGCUUCCAUAUUCUUCCAUCCUUAAUCUUCACAGCCAUCGGAAAAGGAUCAGAACAUGUUCUGAUAAAAUUUGGAGCUUUUGUUGUUUUCUUACUUGCACAAAGCUUCAGCCCUGUGGUUUAUGGGCUGCGGAACAAAGAACUUCUGGACAAGAUAUGUGUCAGACGAGAAAGAAAUCAAUACAGUAACUACUUGGUAAAGUACAACAAUUACCCACCCCAACUUCAGAUGGUAAAAGGUUCAGCAAAUGGGUGAACCGUUUCUCAGUGUAGUGCAGAAGCACUUUCAAGUCAGCAUUAGCCUUCAUUAAACCAUAUCACACAUCAAGGGAUAAUUCAACUCACACAACUGCAUAUACCAACCUAUUAUUUUUAAAACCAGAUUUUCAGCCCCAAAGCUAGAAGCCUUGAGUGCUAUAUUUUUGCUUUAAAGUUUAAAGGGUAACUCAUGGAAAAGACACAGCACAAGAAGUAAAGGAAACCAUGGAAAAAGAGAGGGCAAGGCUCUGCCAGACAGGCUACUAGAAAUGGUACACUCUGGAAUCUCUAGUACAGUCGUACCUUGGAAGUCCAUUUGACUUCCCAAAUGUUCGGAAACCAAAGCAUGGCUUCUUGAUUGGCUGCAGGAAGCUCCUGCAGCCAAUUGGAAGACACAGAAGCCCCAUCGGACGUUCGGCUUCCAAAAGAACGUUCAAAAACCAUAACACACACUCUGAGGUUUGUGGAAGGAGAGGAUGCAGUAGAAGACACUUCCUCAUCAUAAUCCCAAUAGUUGCCCACCAGGGUAGUAUUCAUGCUGCUUUGUAUCUCUUUCCCUUGGCAGCCUGUAACCCCACCUGAGCACUAACAGGUUUGAAAAUCAGCAUGUUCAUGAAAAUUUCAGCAGUUCAGCCAAUGGCAUAGGAACAAAUUUCAAAAACAUCAAGUCAGAUUUCUUGCAGCUAGGGAGCUUCCAAAGGAUGCAGCCAGUGUAUACUACAGCUUCCGCCACCUUUUGACAGAUUUUCUACAUAUGCUCUGUGCAUUGAUUUGAUAUUUCAUAUAUAUUUAUUAAGCAUGAUAAACUAUGAGAGUUAUUCAGAGGCUUGCUUUGGUGCUAGUAUGAUUCAGAUGUGUGAAACAUUCUUAAAAAUGUUUUAGGGCCUGAUUGAAAAUGGAAUGCAGCUAGUUUUGCCCCAGCCUGAUGAUCACUGACUUGUGAUAAUGCAGAAAUAAGUUUUUUCACUGGUAGCACUGGUGUUGUGAAAUGCACUCAAUGCUGAAAUGCAACAGGUCCCUUCUUUACUGGCAUUCUGCUUGCUUUUGAAGACUCACCUGUUUGCACAGGCAGUUCCUGAUUUCUUCACCUCAGUCUCCUGUAUUAAUGGCAGCAAUGUUUUAAUCAGAUUGUUCUAUUGUGUGUUUUAAUUAUAGAUAUUUAUAUUUUAA